AUGGCUGUGGAUAUCCAGGAGCAGCAGGGAGCGAUGCAUGGGCAAUAUUGCCUGCGUAACGCGACAGGGCAGAUGGACGUAGAUGCCGGCACUGCAUGCAUGCCCUGUCACACAGAGACCCGCAAUCCGGGACUGGAGGCGGAGGGCAAGGUCGUGGGUAAAGGCAGCGUCGGCAGCUGGUGGUGGAAGGCGCGCCUGACGCCAAGACAUAUCGACAUCACCAAGCGUCUGGCAGUCAACGGCGUGCAGCGAGCCAACCUCAGCUCGACGGCCAUUCCACCCUCGCACCCUUCGCUAUACUGGCCUCUGGGCGUCCCCAUGCCUCCACUGCCCGCCUCUGUCCCGCACUCUGACCUCGUCGCACCCGACGCGCUGCGGGCAGUCUCCUUGCUGCUCCGACCCUCCCUCGGCGGGCUACGCAUCGCAAACCCCGACGAAGACAGCGCGACGCCGUCUCUCGCACCCCCGCAGGCCCUGGACAGCGACGGUGCAGCGCCCCGGCCGGCGUCAUCGCCCUCGCGAGCCUCGUCGUCGAGUACCGUCACCGAGCGGCAGAAGUCGCGAGACCCCCCGCUCGCCCUGCCAGAGCAGCAGCCCGCACUGGGCUCGCUGGGGAUCAAUGCAAGUGCAUUUGGCACCGCAUCGCCCGGCUCCUCGCCCUCGGGCCAUCCCUCUCCCCUAGCCGAGACAGCCUCGUCCUCGUCGUCCUACUCACCGCGCCUGUCCCACCGCCAGUCGAUGCCCUUGGCCCACCAGGCGCAGCACCAGGCCGCCUACUCGCCCUAUGCCGCCGCCCCGAUGCUGCAGGCCCGGAAUGCCAUGCCCCAGGGGCAGCAGGCCAUGCGCGAACGGCCCUUGUCGACCAGCAUGUACCAGCACCCCAACCUCUCCAGCACCUCCACCACAGCGCCCGGCACAUACAGAUACAACGACGAGGCAAUGGCCGGCGACGUCAGGCGGACCAGCAGCUCGAGAGUCGCGCCGAGUGCUAUGCCCGCGCGAGAAGCCAGCAGACGCGACCCAUACCGCCAAUCCGCGCAAAUGAGCGCCAUAAACGGACCACUGCCGCCGCGGAGGAGCUCGCGGAGGAUCCCCAUGGACGGUCCACAUAUACCACACGCACAGCUCUCCAGCUCACCAUACAGCAUUGAGGGCGGUCCGCUCUCAAGUACCGACGAGUGGAAAGAAAAAGGUGCAGCCCUGACUACACGGCAGGAGAUGGACCAGAAUGGCAGGCCCGUGACGCGUGUGGUGAAGAAGGGCGUCAAGGACUUCAACUUUGGACGGACGCUCGGCGAGGGAUCCUACAGCACCGUGCUCGCUGCGACUGACCGCCAGACAUUGCGAGAAUACGCCAUCAAGGUCCUCGACAAGCGCCACAUCAUAAAGGAGAAGAAGGUCAAAUACGUCAACAUCGAGAAAGACACCCUCAACAGGCUCACAGAGCAUCCCGGCAUUGUCCGCCUAUACUACACGUUCCAAGACGAGCGGUCCCUGUACUUUGUGCUCGACUUAGCAUCUGGCGGAGAGCUCCUCGGGUUCCUUAAGAAGAUCGGCACAUUCGACGUUGAAUGCACACGUUUCUACGGUGCGCAAAUACUCGACUCCAUCGACUACAUGCACAACAAAGGCGUAAUACACAGGGACUUGAAACCCGAAAACGUCUUGCUGGACGAGCAAAUGCAUGUCAAAAUCACCGACUUUGGCACUGCCAAGAUCCUGGAACAGAAGCACGCCAACGGCAUUGGCUCAACGAGCGGUGACCCGCUAGAGGGUGCCGAGUCGGAUCGAGCCAAGUCUUUUGUCGGGACAGCCGAGUAUGUCUCACCAGAGCUGCUGACAGACAAGAAUGCGUGCAAGGCGAGCGAUCUCUGGGCGUUUGGCUGCAUCAUAUAUCAACUUCUAGCAGGGCGACCUCCAUUCAAAGCUGGGAACGAGUACCAAACAUUUCAGAAGAUUGUUGGCCUGGACUAUACCUUCCCCGAUGGGUUCCCACCUCUUGCAAAAGAUUUGGUCGAACGGUUACUUGUUCUCGAUCCACUGACGCGUCUGCCAAUGGAGCACAUCAAGAACCAUGCCUUCUUUGAUGGCAUCAUUUGGGGCAAAGGACUGUGGAAACAAAAGGCUCCACGAUUGAAGGCCUACAGUCCGCCAGCGCAAGAGCCCAUCAAGCUCAAUGUGCUUUCAAAACGUGACGAAAGAAUCCUCAAGCUUGGCAACAUGUUUGUGACACAUCAUCCACCUGGUCACCAGCUUGGCGGAAAGGAAGAGCCUGUGGAAGCCCCUAAGAAAUUUUCGCGGUUCUUCACAAGUAGUACUGUUAAGAAGCGACAGAGACUUGUGAUGAUAACAUCGAGCGGUCGUGUUUUGAUGUGUGCUGCCGGAACAAACGACAAGAAGCUGAAGGAGGAGGUUUCGCUCUUGUCGGCCGGUUGUGCUUGGAGAUCCUACCAAGACUCCAAGGGCCUUACAGCCUGGCUCAUAGAAACACGAGACAAGCAAUAUGUCUUUGAGGAUACCAAAAGCACGACCAGUGAUCCCGAUGGCAGUAAAUACUCUUCCCAAGAGUGGCUUGACAUGAUCGAUAACGCUCGAGAAAUCGCCAUAUCACAAUCCAUGGCGAGCUCGUACUCUGGCGACGCCGCUCUCAACGAGCUGGGGUCAAUAAGAUCAAGUCCGACGAGCACUUUAGGCGGGGAUUCGGCACUUGAUGGAGUCAACAUCCCGACCGCUCGGCAUUUGCGCAAGGAUCAUGGCGAUGCGGAGUCGAUGAAGGGCAGGAAGCGCUUCAGCAAGCGGCACUCGAAGAACGGACUUGCCAACUUUUAG